CCAGUUGUUCGCCAAGAGCGAGAAGCAGAUGAAGCCGCUGCUCCUGCUCCUCACUCCCCAGCAGAGAGACCUGGUGAAUCGCUCUUCACCGGUCAUUCUCUUGUCUGGUGCUAGCGGAACGGGGAAGACGAUCGUCUUGAAGAGGAGGGCCAUCGAGUUGGCGGAGAAAGACGAAGUAUUGGUGAUCAAUAUCGCUGGAGGACUCCUGACUGAAGAAUUCCGGCGCGACUUCGAAGGGAAGAAAAAGAUCCAUGUGGUUAACGAGAAAGGAGAGGACCUGGAGGCUGACAUCGACAAGUUGAAGAAGUUCCUGGAGGUGAAAGGAGAAGGCAAGCACGUCCUCAUGGACGAAGUUCCCAUCACGUUGGGGUUUCAUGGGGUUCUCUCGCCAGAAGCUCUUUCCGAACACUGGGAGUGGAUUGUGGGAUCACUAAAGACGCAUGUGCUCUCCGUUACUCUUGCCUUUCGGCCAAAUGAUCAGUCUUAUUCCAGGGAUUUCAACCUCCAGGACGUUAAACCUGCCGGAUCAUGCGGCAUAGUUGUCCUCAACAGCGUCAAGCGAAACACAAGAUACGUAUCUGAGUUGUUUCUCGCUGUCGGGAGCUUCGCCAGGAGAGUAUUCCUAUCGUCUCAGCCUUCCCUGAAACUCGACUUGGAAGCAUCGAAGACGCAAAGCCUUCCUCGUCUCUUCACCAUUCCCUCCUGCCAGGCCUUUCAUCGAGAAUGCAAGGACGUGAUUGCGUGCCGCUCUUUAAGGGCUUCUCAUGCCCUUCAAGCCAUCCACGAGGAAAUGUCCAAAUCAUCCACCGAAAAACUCGUCUACGUUGUGGUCGAAGAGAGGAUGAGGAUGGCUCUUGUGGACAUCCUCACGCUUCUCUGCCCUUCAAUUCCAGUCCUUUACUACGAUUCCAUAAAGGACGAACCUCUUGGCGAGUUCAAGGAUUCGAAGGUCUCGUUCCUCGUUUUCACUGAGAUGGAAGUGCAGGGAUGUCAUCAGGAAAAUGUUACGGUGGUCCUGGAUUUUCCACAAAUUCAAUGGAUAAACUACUUUCGGCUAAUUGCAGUUUCUGGCGAUAACAAGAUAAUCGUAAUCGAGGAAGAAGAAUUGUCCACAGGAAGAUUCUCUCGUUUAGUGAAUGAUAUUCCAGGAUGGAAGUUGCAGAAAGUAAAAAUUGAUGAAAGCGAUUUCAGUCGUAGACUGGCCAUUGCCUCGGAGCGACACAAUGAGAAAAAAGCCAAGAGGAAUUCUUGGAGAGUAGAAGCGAGAGAUCCCUCGUGGCUCGGUCGCGAUCCAUUAGCAAUCACAGACAAUUUUCACAGUGGGCAGGAAGAGGACGAGGAAGAAAUUGACAGUGCGAGAAUGAUUACCGUGAUAUUUGGAUAUCCGGCAUCCGGUAAAUCCAGGAAAGUGAACAGAUUGAUACGAGGAGUCAUAGACCGUCGGGGCCGAGUGCUUUUGCUCCAUUGCGGAAGUAAGCUGUCCUCGGCGCUGUGUCGAAAGCGCUGGGAAGCGGAGGGGAAUGUUGAGAUUGGGGCGAAACCAAAAACUUUAGAAGGUAUUCUGGAUGAAAUUGACUUUAAGAUACGCCAGAAUGAUGAAGAUGGCUCCACAAACGAGAAUGAGCAGGAAAACAUUCUUGAUCCGCUGGUCGUUGUCGUCGAAGACUUCAUGUUGUCGAGAGAGCUGGAGAAGGAUAUGAAAGUGGCCAUUGAAAGGCUGAAAACGAUGAACGUGAAAGUCAUAAUCACUUUCAAACCUCAUUCGGUGGAGGCCCAGGAUACAUCAGUGGAGAGAAUAAUAAAGGAAUGGCAACAAAAUCAGGACUUGACCGUGAUUGCAUUGCGAUCUCAACCGACCAACACGCAACUCCUGAAGCACAUCCAACGAAAUGAAACUCCAACCGCUUUGAAUCUGGAAUCGAGGAGUCUGUGCACAUCUGCAACAUCCAUCUCCAUAGUAUUCGGGCAUCCGGUCCAAUAUCUGAAUCAUUGCUCGGGACACCAUCGGGGGUACGCGUGCAAAGGAAGGAACUCGUGCGGGAACAACGUGCCCGUCCUGUCUUCCCUUUCGCAGUUCAUCCUUUCGGGGGAGACGGGCGACAAGCCGUACGUGCUGGUAUCGGAUGAAGCCCUGCUGGCGGCCUUGCAGAAGUCCAGUUCGAUUUCUGCGAUGCACCCGAGGGAUUUCCGUGGUUGCGAGGCCUCGUUCGUCAUCUCUGUCAACGUCGGUGACGAUUGGUUGCUGGAAGUCAUCUCCCGCUCCAGGACUCACCUCAUCAUCAUCGACAGCAUUCCCGAGCAUGAAGAUCUGUGGAAGACGAUGCUGGAAGAGAAUCGGGUCCGGGCCUGGGAUGUCCCCUUCCCAAAGGAAUUCGAGGACGACUCAAAGACCCUCUUGCAACUCGAUGACGAAUGGAAGUUCCUUUUCGGACCAACCUGGAACGAAGGAGGAAGGAGAAUGGGGGAAGAGGCUGUUAAGAUUGAGGGCAUCCUGGACGAGCACAAAGGUUGCAUCUCGUCCCUCUCGCCUGAUAUGUGGAGAUUCCUGAAUGAAAACGACCUCUUCCCUCUGCCCAAAUCACGCGCGCCUUUUGCCACUUGGGGAUUCGUUGCUAGUGAUUGGAAGGGGGAAGUGCCUGUGACCGACGACAAAACGGAAAUCCAAGAGAACCUAAGGCUGAGGGGAGUGGAGUGGGAGAAUGCCGACUAUCCUCCAUUUCCGAUGGAGACCAAGACGAAGGACAGUCGGGCUGGGGGGGUGCUGGAGUCCUUGUCCGUCUACCUCACGGGAUCUCUUCUCCACCUGAGUCUCCUUCGGAAGAUAUUGGGGAAUGAAUCCGGGAGCAUCCACUCCCUUCUUCAAUCGGCAUCGGACCACCUCUGGAGACCGAUCGUCCUCAUCGCGGAAAAUCUUUCCUCCUCCAGGAGCUUCUUCCCCCGACGAGAGGGUAAAGGAACCACGAAUGAGGAAUGGAAAGGGGGAGUCCUCUUCUUCGCUCGUGACACCGUUCAAUCCAUUCAAACUCUACCUGUAGUUCCGUACCAGAAGUCAGGAAAUGUUUGGCUGACGGUGGAAAAGCUUCCCCCAGUGCAUGAAGACGGCUGGGUCCCUCCCUCUCUGAAGAGAGUUUCAUUUCGGGGAGAAGUGAACGUAUUUUACAAGUUGCAUACGGUGCCGAUCAUGUGGGCCCUGGACAGGCACCUAGCGGGAUUGCAACCCCUCAACCUAGGUAUGAGGAGUUCAGCUUUUUCCUCUUCUCCGUACACGAUCUUCUGUCACUGA